AUGGGCGAUCCCAAUGCUUCAAAUGAACCAAAAUCAGCUUCUUCAUCUUCUUCAACAUUAGCCUCAAAUGAAAGCGCUUCAUCAACUGCAAGCUCCGUCAAUUCGGUACCUCUAACGAAAUCUUUCCAAGAUUGGUGGUACUCGUCGCCGCAGCUACAAAGAGAAACCGGUACAGCAGGCAAGUCCGAUGUCAAGCUAGAGCAAGCCAAAUUGAAAAAUCGUCAGAUUGAAUACAAUCUUUUUCGAGCCAUGUUGCCAGACUAUAUUUAUAUUAAACCCCCCACGUCUCAAGAGCAGGAAGACGUAUUGGACCCGGGCAACAUCAGGGGCGAAUUGAUGGAUGUGCCAAUUGCAGAUGGAUCAUUCAUACACGAGUUUUACUUGGAAAACACCGACACAGCGGGCGAAACAACGCAUGCGUCAAGCCCCAGCCAGCAUAUAGUGAUCAUCCACGGAUACAUGGCAGCACUAGGGUUCUUCAUCAAGAAUGUCGAGCUGUUGGUUGCCGUCCCAGGAGUCAAGCUCCACAUCAUCGACUUGCCUGGCUUUGGCAACUCGCUGAGGUCGAAAUUCCCCGCUGAGUUCUUGACGCGUCCUAAAGAAUUGAAACAGCGGAUAGAUCAAGUUCUUCAAAUUGAAAAUUGGUUCAUUGACAAGGUUGAAGCUUGGAGGAAAAUCCGAGGUGUUGAUCGUUUCAAAUUGAUUGGACAUUCAAUGGGUGCAUAUUUGUCGUGUUGUUACUUGAUGAAAUAUAACGUGGGUGAUGAUGGGCUGAAGUUGGUUCAAGAUGUCAUCUUGGUGAGCCCUAUGGGUACGGAGUCAAAUGAGCAUAGUUUGAUUAACGAUAAAAAGUUUGAUUUUAAUUUACACCAACGUGGUGGAGAUCCAUUUGGAGAGUUGAUGUUUGAAGACGGUGACGAUGGAAAAGUUGUUGUUAAUGAAGAAUUUACCAAGUUUUUAAACACCUUGGGAAAGCCCAAAUUCCCCAAGAAUUACAUUCUCGAAAAACUAUGGCAAAAUAACAUUUCUCCCUUUGAGAUUUUGCAAAAAUUUGGCCCUUUCUACUCCAAAAUCUUAUCAUAUUGGUCAUUCCAAAGGUUCAAGAAUUUCGGCGACUCGGAAGAUUCCAUCGACUUAAUCUUGAAGUUGCACGACUACUCCUACUCGAUCUUCAACCAGUAUCAAGGUUCAGGAGAAUUGGCGAUAACAAAGCUAAUAAACCAUGAGAUUCUUGCACAGCUUCCCUUGUGUGACCGUGGGCUUGUCAGUUUUCUAGCUGAAAAUGAUAUUAAUAACAUGUGGGUCUACGGAGAUAAGGACUGGAUGAACCAUAAAGGGGGCGAAUACAUAUUCAAGAAAAUCCGCGAUAAAAAUGACAAAAUUACUAGGUUUGAAAUUGUGGAGAAUGCUGGACAUCACAUUUAUUUAGACAACCCCAAAGCUUUCAAUUCUCUAGUUGAAGAGUUUUUUAGAUUAAAAUAA